AUGCCAUAUCCAGCCCUAAUAACCGCCAUCCGCGACGGUUCUCUAGAACAAGUUCAAUCGAUCCUCUCAUCAAAGAACUACUCCUACCCCGUUACAGCCGGGAAACAAAAAUGGACACCCCUCCAUUUCGCCGCAUACUCCGAAAACCUAUCCAUCCUAAACCUCCUCCUCACAUCACCUCCAUUCACCUCCGAUAUCACGGCUACAGAAACCAAAGACGGGUUUACACCGUUACACAAAGCCGUCGAAAAGGGUUGGAUAGAUGGGAUUAAAUUAUUAUUGGAGAAUGGAGCCGAUAUUGAAGCUAAAACGGAAAAAUCCAGAUCUACGCCUUUGAUUUUGGCGGUUAAGUUUGGACAUUUGGAGACCGUGAGGGUGUUGUUGGAGGCUAAGGCGAAGGUUAAGUGUUAUAAUUCUAGUGGGAUGAGUCCGGUUCUUACGGCGGCUGAGAAGGGACAUUUCGAAAUUUUGAAAUUAUUAUGGGAUUGGUUAGGACCGAAGGGAGUUGAAGAGAUCAAAAAUGAUGGGAAUAGCGUUGGGAGGACGGCAUUAUUUUUGGCAUUGAAGGGUGGUCAUGCGGAUAUAGCAAGGUUUCUGAUCGAGAACAAAGUCGACGUUCGUAUAAGUGGUGACGACGGAUGGAGUCCUAUUCAUGCAGCUGUACAAUACGGAAACGGCGAGGAAGGAUUAGAGGUUCUAAAAUUAUUACUGAAGGAAGGACCGUUUUUAAACUCAAAAAUCGUGGAGACGGGAUAUACCCCGUUACACUUGGCAGCAGCGAAAGGUGAUUUUUCUUAUGUGAAUGAAUUGGUGGGGGCUGGAGCAAGGUUAUACAUGACGAGUACGAUGAAGCAUACGCCGUUGUAUGCGGCGGUGAGGUUUGGAAAGGAAGAAGAGGAGGUUGAGAGGAUUGUGGAGCUUUUGGUGAAAGAGGGUGCGGAUUUGGCAGUUAGAGAUUCUUUUGGGAUGGGGAUUAGGAGUAUGGCGAAGCAGAAGGGAUGGAAAAAACUGGAGGCUCGGGCGGAGUUAUAUUGA